AUGCAAGCUUGGCUUGUGAACGGCUCUGACUCCUGUUCUGGUCGAGUGGAGCUCCAGUACCUCAGUGAGUGGGGCACAGUGUGUGAUGUAAGCUGGGAUAUGAGAGCUGCCAGUGUCCUCUGUGGUCAACUGGAGUGUGGGAGUUCUGUGGCUGUGUUGGGGUCAGACCGGUUUGGGAAGGGGAGUGGCCGGAUCUGGGCUGAUGUGUUUGAUUGUCAGGGGAACGAAACACACCUGUCAAAAUGUCCCAUUUCAUCAUGGAGUCGAUCUGCAUGCUCUCAUAAACAGGAUGCUGGUGUCAUCUGCAGUGGUUCCUCUCUGGCGUUUCAUGAGGGGCGAGUGCGGUUGUCUGGAGGGAUGGAGUGUGAGGGGGAGGUGGAGGUGUACUUCAGGCAGGACUGGAGGAGAGUUCUGCUGGACUCCUGGAGUGAGUCUGAGGCCUCUGUGGUCUGCAGACAGCUGGGCUGUGGCUCAGUGUUCAGCUUCUCCAGCUCUUCUACAUCCAGUCCUGAACACAGUCACAUGUGUGUGACGAGUUUCAGUUGUUCUGGGAGUGAAGCUCAUCUGGGGAACUGCAGCAGUGCACAAGCAGUCAACUGCAGCUCCAGAGAACAGCUCUCAAUCACCUGCUCUGGUAAGUUUAAUUUAGCUCACAACUCCAUCAGACUGGUUGGUUCUGGGGGAGACUGCGCAGGAAGGCUGGAGGUUUUCCACCGUGGCUUAUGGGGGACUGUGAGUGAUGACUUGUGGGACAUUAAAGAUGCACAGGUGGUCUGCAGACAGCUGCAGUGUGGAGUGGCCCUCAGUGCUCUGGUACCUGCCCGGUUUGGACUUGGAACUGGACCCAUAUGGCUGAAUGAAGUGGAGUGUGAGGGGAACGAGACGUCCCUGUGGAACUGCAGGUUUCAGCUGUGUGGAGAGAACGAAUGCGGGCACAAAGAUGAUGUAGGAGUCGUGUGUUCAGAGUUUAAAGAGAUCAGACUCACUGAGGGCUGUCAGGGGAAUCUGGAAGUGUUCUACAAUGGAACCUGGGGUAAUGUGUGUGUAAAUGGAAUAGAGGAAGAAACGAUAAGUUUAAUCUGCCAGAAGCUGAACUGUGGAAGAUCUGGUAGAGAGAGACCUGCCAGAGCAAGAGUGGAAUCAGCUCCUAACUGGCUGGAUAAUUUGAAAUGUAGGAGACACGACUCCACUCUGUGGCACUGUCCAUCUUCACCCUGGAGACAGAAUAGUUGUGAUUAUCGCAAUGAAGUGGCUUACAUUACCUGCUCAGGUAGACAGCUUGAGGUGGUUUUAUAUGUUGUUCUCUGCAUGUUAGCAGUAAAUGUCCUGAAGAAUUAGAAAUAAAACAGGCUCUAAUAUCUAAAUAUGCUAAAUGGACAAAAGUAUUGGGACACCAAUACGCAUUAC